CUCGCUAAUGAGGGUUCGAAGUUUAGGUUAGGGUCGAGAUUCGAGCAUUGAUAUUUGAUUGAGUAUCUAUCAAAUGCGUGUGGUAUGUGUCGCACGGGUCGCAACUCGGCAACUCGCAACUGAACUCGCACCAUCGCCGGAGGCAUCGGAAUCGGAUAUUUCGGAAAGCGAUAUCCACGUAAUAGCGAUUGAUGGCAAAUAAGUUACAAGUUGAAGAAUCCAAAUAUAUAUAUCCAAGUAUUGUAUAAGUAAAAAACGAGAGAGAGAGACGCGAUGAUGAAUAUAAUAAUAAAUAAUUGCAAACAAACGACGAAGAUAGCCGCCAAUUUAUUGAAGAACGAUGGUAAUUUUUCAAGAAAUUACGCCACUACUAUAGCCGAUUACAAAAUCACUUGGGUACGACCAAAGAAAGUCUCGAAUCUGUCAUCUGAAAAGUCUGGUGAUCAAGGAUUAAAAAUCGAUGUUAAAUCAUCUGAUUUUGGCAAAAUGUACAACGAGUUACCUGAACUGACAAAUGCCAGUGAUAUUGUUAAAAAGAUGUUUACGUUACAAUUUCUACCACGCAAAGAAACAAUUAAUGUCAGAACAGACAAGGUUUUAGAAUUGGUCAAAAGACACAGAUUAGAUCGAAAAUCACCAGAAGCAUUGAUUGCCAUUAUGACUAGUGACAUACAUCAGUUGCAAGAACAUUUAGUGGAAUAUCCCAAGAAUGUGGAAGUAAAAGUUAAAUUGCUAGAAACAAUUGCAAAGCGAAAGAAAUUGCUCAAGUUGUUGCGACAAUGCGAUUAUAGACGAUUUGAAUGGAUCUUGGAGAAACUUAAUCUCGUUUAUACACCGACACCCGAAUUACCACAUCAGAUUACCAGGAAAGAUUCUUUAAGACGAUUAACAGAAAAGCAUUGCGACAAACUUGUGCACGAAAAAUUGAAUACUUACAAAAAAGAAUUGAAAGAGUUGCAAAAAGAGUUUUAUAUAGAAAAGGCAGAGAAGCUUGCAUUUAUCAGAGAGGAGGAACUAGCCUGUGGAUUACAACCAUCAGUAAGCGAAGAAGAUAUCGCAUGCGCUAAGCAAAAAGCAAGGGAACAUGAAACGUAAUAGUGAUAUGGUGAAAAUUGUGAAAAUGUCGAAAGAAUAUGCAACUAAAUUACGAUGUAAAUUAUGAUGUAUUCGAUUCGCCUUGGCUAAUACAACAACAGUAAACGACAUAUGACAAUAGCGAUUGCACAUCUUUCAAUGAUAUUCCCAUAUGAGUUUACAAUUAUUUACAACGGCUAAUCACGUACUGCGCAAUCUCGUUGCAGUGGUACGUGCGGCGCAAUAGGCCAGCAAAAAAUGCAAGUGAAUGUUCGCGGUAUAUAUAAAGAAGAGCAUUGGAUGCUGGAUGCCGCGUCUCGAUCUCGUAAUCCGACAGCUAGGACAUUGGAUCAUCUUCCAACAUCUGCGUGAUUAUCACCACUCACCGCGAAAACGUGACAAGACAACAUUUUAGAAGGCGAUCAACUUUUAU